AUGCAGUUCAGCUGUUUCCGAGUCGAAUUGAUGAUGAUGAUAAUGAGUCGCCACGUGCUGCUGUGCGUGCUGGCCCUUGCGCUGUGCUGCGGCUGCAGCGGCGUGGUGGUGGCCUCCGCGGGGGUUUCGCUCAGUCGGGAUGAUGCGCUGGAGAAAAAGGCUGAGGAUGCAUUGGAGAAAGCGCGAGUGUCGUAUCGGUCUGCAUUGGAGCAAGUGGGGAAAGCCGAUGCGGCGGUGAAGAAGGCUUUGGCGGCUGAGGUCGAGGCGAGCCUGGCGGCACUGACCGCGGAGGCCGAGGGGCGUCAAAGGCGUGUUUCAGUCGGGACGGAGCAACGCGUUAUCAGUGCGGUGAAAAACGCCAAGGCUGCCGCGGCGGAAGCAGAGUUGUCUCGACAAAGUGCUGAGGUUUUUUCCGAGAUUGCCCAUAGAAAGUUGGAUAUCAUCACUGGUUCGAUCGAUGGGGCCAAUCGUUCGCUACGACUAAGCAAAAAAACCCUUGUAGGCCUUGCGGGGGCUGUGGAGAAGGCUAAAGAGGCGGAGGCGACCGCAAGGGCGGUCCUGGAUGAUAUUAAACAGGACAGGGUACGUGCCGAGACGGCGGCGGAGGGUGUCAUACAGGCGGCGGCGAAGACAUUGCGGGAGCUGGAGGAGGUGAGGCUUGCCGCGCGAGCUGUGUCCGAUGCGCCCAGCGGCGGUGCGCCCACUGCCACUGAGAGCAACCGCGAAGGCAGUGCUACCCCAAUUGCAGACAACCGCGCCGUCUCACCCUCCGUCGAUGGUGCCAGCACUGACGCACAGCAACCGACCGCAGUGGAAACGCCGACAGCUGCAGCGGCA